UGAGCCGGGGGCGUGGAGCAGCCAAGAUGGAGCCGGUAGCUGGUGGGUCCGGUCCCCUGAUUCUGAACAACAAGCAACCCCAGCCGCCCCCACCUCCGCCGCCCGCAACCGCGCAGCCUCUCCCUGGGGCACCACGGGCCGGCGGGGGCCUCCUGCCCGGGGGCAAAGCCCGAGAGUUCAACCGCAACCAGCGCAAAGACUCGGAGGGCUACUCUGAGUCACCAGACCUUGAGUUUGAGUAUGCUGAUACGGACAAGUGGGCUGCCGAGCUCUCUGAGCUUUACAGCUACACAGAAGGGCCAGAAUUCCAGAUGAAUCGCAAGUGCUUUGAGGAGGACUUCCGAAUCCAUGUGACAGACAAGAAGUGGACUGAGCUGGACACCAACCAGCACCGCACCCAUGCCAUGAGACUCCUGGAUGGCUUGGAAGUUACUGCCAGGGAGAGACGACUUAAGGUGGCUCGAGCAAUUCUCUACGUUGCCCAAGGCACCUUCGGGGAGUGUAGCUUGGAGGUGGAAGUGCAGUCCUGGAUGCGCUACAAUAUAUUCCUGCUCCUGGAGGUGGGCACGUUCAAUGCUUUGGUGGAGCUUCUGAACAUGGAAAUAGACAACAGUGCCGCUUGCAGCAGUGCGGUGAGGAAGCCAGCCAUCUCCCUGGCUGACAGCACCGACCUGAGGGUCCUACUCAACAUCAUGUACCUGAUUGUGGAGACUGUUCACCAGGAGUGUGAGGGUGAUAAGGCCGAGUGGAGGACGAUGCGACAGACCUUCAGGGCUGAGCUGGGUUCCCCAGUGUACAACAAUGAGCCAUUUGCAAUCAUGCUGUUUGGGAUGGUGACCAAAUUUUGCAGUGGCCAUGCCCCUCACUUUCCCAUGAAGAAAGUUCUCUUGCUGCUCUGGAAGACAGUGUUGUGCACACUGGGCGGCUUUGAGGACCUGCAGGGCAUGAAGGCUGAGAAGCGCAGCAUCCUGGGCCUCCCACCACUGCCUGAGGACAGCAUCAAAGUGAUCCGCAACAUGAGGGCUGCCUCUCCCCCAGCUUCUGCCUCAGAUCUGAUUGAGCAGCAGCAGAAACGGGGCCGUCGGGAGCACAAGGCUCUGAUAAAGCAGGAUAACUUGGAUGCCUUCAAUGAGCGGGAUCCCUAUAAGGCUGAUGACUCUCGAGAAGAGGAAGAGGAGAAUGAUGAUGACAACAGUCUAGAGGGGGAGACAUUCCCCCUUGAGCGGGAUGAGGUGAUGCCUCCCCCACUACAACACCCCCAGACUGACAGGCUCACCUGCCCAAAGGGGCUCCCGUGGGCUCCCAAGGUCAGAGAAAAAGACAUUGAGAUGUUCCUUGAGUCCAGCCGCAGCAAAUUCAUCGGGUACACUCUGGGCAGUGACACGAACACAGUCGUGGGGCUGCCCAGGCCAAUCCAUGAAAGUAUCAAGACCCUGAAACAGCACAAGUACACGUCCAUUGCGGAGGUCCAAGCCCAGAUGGAGGAGGAGUAUCUUCGCUCUCCUCUUUCAGGGGGAGAAGAGGAAGUCGAACAGGUCCCUGCAGAAACCCUCUACCAAGGCUUGCUCCCCAGCCUGCCUCAGUACAUGAUUGCUCUGCUGAAGAUCCUCCUGGCUGCAGCUCCCACCUCAAAAGCCAAAACAGACUCAAUCAACAUCCUAGCAGAUGUUCUGCCUGAGGAGAUGCCCACCACAGUGCUGCAGAGCAUGAAGCUGGGGGUGGAUGUGAACCGCCACAAAGAGGUCAUUGUUAAGGCCAUUUCUGCUGUCCUGCUGCUGCUGCUCAAGCACUUUAAGUUGAACCACAUCUACCAGUUUGAAUACAUGGCCCAGCACUUGGUGUUUGCAAACUGCAUUCCUUUGAUCUUAAAGUUCUUCAAUCAAAACAUCAUGUCCUACAUCACUGCCAAGAACAGCAUUUCUGUCCUGGAUUACCCUCACUGCGUGGUGCACGAGCUGCCUGAGCUGACGGCCGAGGGUCUGGAAGCAGGUGACAAUAACCAGUUUUGCUGGAGGAACCUCUUUUCUUGUAUCAAUCUUCUUCGGAUCUUGAACAAGCUGACAAAAUGGAAGCAUUCAAGGACGAUGAUGCUGGUGGUGUUCAAGUCAGCCCCCAUCUUGAAGCGGGCGCUGAAGGUGAAACAGGCCAUGAUGCAGCUCUAUGUGUUGAAGCUGCUCAAGGUGCAGACCAAGUAUUUGGGGCGGCAGUGGCGAAAGAGCAACAUGAAGACAAUGUCUGCCAUCUACCAGAAGGUGCGGCAUCGGCUGAAUGAUGACUGGGCAUAUGGGAAUGACCUCGAUGCCCGGCCUUGGGACUUCCAGGCAGAGGAGUGUGCCCUCCGUGCCAACAUUGAACGUUUUAAUGCCCGGCGCUAUGACCGAGCCCACAGCAACCCUGACUUCCUGCCUGUGGACAACUGUCUGCAGAGUGUCCUGGGCCAGCGGGUGGACCUCCCUGAAGACUUCCAGAUGAACUAUGACCUCUGGUUAGAAAGGGAGGUCUUCUCCAAACCCAUUUCCUGGGAAGAGCUGCUGCAGUGAGGCUCCUUGGCAGGACUGAAAAGGAAAGGGUGGGGUGCUGGCCAGGGACUGACCUGGCUCAUUGCUGCAGUGCUUUCAGCUCCCUCCAGGUGGCAGCACAGCACCACCGUGCCCUCCCUAGACAGCACCCAGCGUGUGGGAAGUCCCGAGUUGGCCUCCCAUUGAUUUCUAGCAUCCUGCUCUAGACCACUCAUCUCUCUUCUUGGGAUCCUCUCUUCCUUCUCUCCUUCCCACUCUCCUGUCUUGGACAUGGUUGGUUGAAGCUCAUUCUCAUUCAUCCCAAGGCUGGAAAAAGCUGGGAUGGGCUGGGAACCCACUGCAUCUGAAUUUCAAAAGUCAUGCUGACUCUUUGUGAGACGCACAAACCCUUGGUAUGUCAGCUCGCUAAGGAAGUGGGUUUCAAAUUAGGGCUAGGACCAGAAGGUCAGAAUCCUGGUUUUGGUUUGGGGGAUUUCUGAUGUCAUUCCAGCCUCCUGCUAAGUUUCAUCCAGAAGCAAUUGCAGAGGCUCCCAUAGCUGGCUCUUGCUUUGGUUUUGGACAGGAUUGGAAGAGAAGCUUCCCUUAACCAGAGGUGCCAUUUUUCCUCUUGGUUUGCAAGGGUCUGUAAAUAUCUAUAUAUAUGAAUCUGUGUGUAUUCUCUUGUGUCAUGUUGGGGUUUUAAAUGUGUUUGUGUACUCUGUUUACAUUAAAAAGAAGCAAAAACAUUCCCAUUGCUUUGUCUGUAGGAAAUACAGCCCUUGAAUACCUCUUCUUGGUCUAGAAAUUGGGUUUUCCUGCCAGCAUUAAGGUUACCCACUUGUUCCCUGCUAAGCUGCCUGCCUUAACCCCUGAAGGGGGCGGAGUCGGCUCUUAACCCAGAGUGUUCUCUCUCCACAUCAGUCUGGGAUUGCUCCAACCCAGGGCCAGGGCUCUGGGUUGCUGGGGUGACAAGUUGUCCUGCACCCCUGGGUUUGAUGUAAUCGCUGUAAAAGCUCACUCCUACUCCUGAGCUGGCCUCAGCCAAAGCAAUUUAAGUGCCAGGAGGGAGGGGUAGGUCAGAGAAGGGGCUGCCUGUUCUGGGCCUUCCCUGGGACAGGUGGCUGGGACUGAGAGGAAGCUUAUGUGCCUAGAGCCUAGGGAAGCAGACCAAGAGUCAGCUUCACAGUGGGAAAGGUGUUGGAGGACCCAGGAGCGUGCAUGGCAGAGGGAGAAGCAAGGAAAGUCUUUGUGGUAGUUGUCAGUUUGAGAUCUCCUGGAGCCAGUACCUGGCCUUCAGAUUCCCGGACAUGACUGUCCCUACCUAGCUUGAUUUUGAAGCUCUGCUCCUGAGGAUCUACCAUUCUGCUGUCUUUUUGGAAUUGGCUUGACAAGCCCUUACCUUAGGACAUGUGUAUGGGGUGUUCUCCCAGGGGUCUUGACUUGAAGUGUAUUCCAGGGAAGACCUCCCCUUUGUUGGCUCUUCUGGUCAGUGCCUGUGUGGCCUGGGGCCUGCGGGGCCUCAUUUCAGACCCUGGGCUGGGCUUCCAGGACAAGCUUUAAUGGGUCAGCAUGGUUGGAAGCAGCAGGGGUGCAGCCAGCAGAGUAGUCCUUAGUGUGUCACACAGCCUAUGAAAUGGGGAGUUCCUGUGACUGAAUGGCCUUUUGCCCCAAAGUUACUUGCACAGGACAGGGAAUUUGACACAGUUCAUGUGCACAUGAUGGAUUUUCUGCUAUUUCUUGCCAGGACCAAUGGGAAUUAUGUAUCUUGAGAUCUCAGUUUGGGUAAGAUGGAUUUUCACAUUCUUACUCCACCAAGUGUGGAACCUGGCUCUCUCAACCUGGUUGGCUGAGCUUUGUCCUCCUCUUUUUUUGAUUUCCCCAGUCUCUCCUCUGAAGCUCCCCUUAACCAGAGGUGCCAUUUUUCUCUUGGUUUGCAAGUCUAAAUAGCUGUAUAUAAAUCUGUACAAAAAAGAUUGCAAAAUAUCCAAGCUGCCAGGGCCGUAAAACCUGGACAGGUAAAUCCUGUGUAGGCCCAGGGGCCGGCCCAGGAAGGGAAGUGCCUUAUCACAAACACAGACAGUGCUAAUGGCAGGUUGGCCAUGUGAAUCCAGGUCUUUGUACAGAAAUAUCUUUUGGAGUGGUUUUAUAUUUCAUCUGGGUCAUGAGGUAAGAAGGGUAUAUGAAGGCCCUUUAUAAAUGGCUAGGUAACAUAAAAUGUUGAUUGUUGCUAACUGGGCUCAGGGCCUAGUACUCCUUCAGUCCACUGCAGGGUGGAUGACGCCUUGCCUGUAUGGCCUUGAGGAUGGGAACUGUCCCUCGUUAAUCAAAAGAGUCCCCACUCACUGGGUGCCAAAUGGGUACCAGAUCCAAUAUUUCAAUAUUCUUGAAAGCUCAUUUUCCACACAGUAGCCACCAAGUAUGGGGUGCUUACUGUGUGCCAGCUAUUGCUCUGAGCACUCUGUGUAUAAUAGCCUAUUGCUUGUAAUAACCCUGAAAGGUAGUACCAUCACAAUGCUUAUUUUGUGGCUGAGAAACUGGUACAGAAAGGGUAAAGAACAUGCCCAAGGUCCCAAGAUAAUGAGAGAGUGCCAGUGCAAACACAGGUCUCCCUUUGCAAAGUGUGUGCCCAUCCCACCCCCCCACACCCUUUCUCUGUUAACCAUCAUGAGUCCCCAGCACUUAGUACCAGGGCAUUCAUUGGCUUAUUUAUUCACCUUUGUCAGUGCUUAGUAUUUGUCCAAGCAUGGUCCCUGGCAAGAAGAUUGUGGCAAAUGUCAGUUGCUUUAGCACCCUAACUGCCCACCCAAGCCUGGCUCUGGCCUAGCCUCUGGUGUGUCUCACAACUGCCCUCCUCGGGGCAACUUGGGGGCUGUCGCUGCUACCUUUUCUUCCUUUACAGCCUGAGCUUGAAUGUCUUUCUGUCUUGGGUCCUGAGGACUUGGUGUGGCUGCCCCUGCCAUGCCUGUCAGGCUGAUCUCCUGGGAGGCUAGCUUCCUGUCUGUCCUCUAAUGAGCCUGUGCCAUUUGCCAGGCACAGUUAGCCCCUGGCCGCUGGCUGUAACACAAGGCGGGUGUGCCCUCUGGGAGUGAGACAGCCUUGGCUUUCAUUCCAGGCUCUGACAUUUACUCACUGAGGGACCUUGGGUUCAUCAAGCUCUAAGCUUCAGUUGGCUCAUCUGUAAAACUGAUUUAAUAAUAGUAAGAUGGUUGUGAGGGCUUGAAUAGGAUAAUGGAUAAUGGACCUACAUACCUGGCUGACAUGAAACAACACAGCUAAUAAAUAAAUGGCAGCUGUUCUUACAUACAAUUCUAACCUUCUAUGAAUUUGCAUCCAUUUCCUCUGUCCCCUGGAAAACAGAGACCCUUUUAAGGAUGAGAAUCUUAUCCUCUCAUCCUUAGCUCACUGCUCUGGGCCAGGCCCCAUUCUGGGUGUGCAGGUGAACAGAACCCCACAUGCUCACCUUUGAUGUGCUCACAGUUGAUGGAAAGAUGGCCAUAAAAGCAAGAACAGUAACGUGGUAGGUACCGAGACAGACAUCUGUGGGGCCCAGCUAGUGCCCUCACACUGGAAAAGAGAGUUGUUGGAAGGGAAUGGAGUGGGCUCCAGCAUCAGUACCAGGGCCCUAAGAGUAGGUGCUCGGUGCUCACUGCCCCCCCACCCCCGCCCCAAUGAAAAUGGUUAGGAUGAGGCUGUGGCAGAGGCUGGGGUAGGGGUGAGGCAGGUACUCCCUUUGCCUGAUACAGGCAGUGCCCAGUUACUGGCAAUGCCUGGCUCUGUUCCUGUCUGAGUCAGCAGAGGAUCUGCCCUUCAGGGUUAUAAUUCAGGUUGAUGUGUAAAUAGUGGGGGAGGUGGGAAAGAAGAUUGAAUGCCUCUAAUGAGAAUCAUUCCCCAGAGCCAGACUGAGACUAGAAGCCAGGACUGAAAGGCCUGCUGCCAAGGGCCUCCACUGUGGGCCUGGUGUCUGUGGUUCUGCCAGGACCAAGAUUUAGGGUUUCUCUGGGUGGAUCUUAGGCAGAGAGGUGCCUUUGCAAAGGGAGAUUGAGCCUACAACUUUCUUAGUGUUGGGAUUCCAGGUGGGGUCACUUCCCCUUUCCUUUUCCAGAAGGUCUGUCCAGAGCCCCAGCCUGGCCUUAGGGACACAUGGGGCCUAGGCUGAGGGCUGAGUCACUCUGGAGUGAGCCUGGCAGCGGGCAGCGGGAGACCUGGAGGCCCUGUCUUAGAGGUUGAGACGCUUAGGGUGUGAAGGAGGGUGAGAGGACGGCUAAUGGGAAGCAGGUGGAAGGGCUGCCCGUGUCCCAGCCAGGGGACAGACAGGCUGGGAUGGCCCAGUCAGUGGGAGAACCUGUCAGCUCUCGAUAAUCCUAGGGGACAGGCUCUGGGAUGCUCAUUAAUAUUCAUUAUGUGUGAAGUGGGCAGUUGUAAAGUUAGCUUUCUCUUCAUUUAGCUGUCACUGGACAGAAAAAUAUGAGCUGUGGGCAGAUGCCCUGGAUGGGAGCCAGUAGCUGGUCUCUGGCCUUCCUGUGCCCUCCCCAGCCAGAGCCUCCCCCCGCACACAGGGCCCACUCUGGCCUCUGCCCGCCUCUCCCGCUCUUGAUGCACUGGUUUCUGACUCAGCUUUCUUCUCUUUUGUCUGUUUCUUCCCCAUUUCUGCUUCCUUUGCUCUCCCAGAAGAUCCCUUCCUCUUCCUUCUCUCCACCUCUUUCUAAGUUGUGAGAGAGGGAAUCGUUUUUCUUGACCAUUGCCUUUUAUCUCUGGCACCCAGCACAAUGCCUCGCACAGAGUGGGCACUCAAUAAACAUUUGUAAAACAAACUUAAACUCUCUGCAUCCAACAUUGUGGAACAGGAAUUUUGCUGGCCACUCCUUGGGUGAGGAAACUUCUAGUGCAGUGGCCUUAGACCUGGAGUUAGAAAUGUAGGUUUGAGUCGCAGUUCAUUAUUAACCUCUGUCUAUCAGAGGAAGCUGGGGCUGCCUCUUCCUACUAUUCAUUCUUCCCUUCCUUCCCUCCUGAUGGACACAGGGCCCACGCCUGGCCCUCAGAGCCAGGAUCAGUACAGAGAGGAGAGAAGUUGCCAGAAGCCAGGCCUCUGAGUGAAGUGAAGGGAUGAGAAGGAAGACAGGUUUCCUCUGGGGGAUGCUUGAGCCUAGUCACAGUGACUGUCUUGGCCAGAAAAUAUGAUGUAAGGGGGACUUGCUAUGUCUCUAGAUAUAAGCAUGAUGCUGGCGUCUGUGUGCUCGGGUUUCUCUGUGCCUGGAAGAGGAGGCACAGGGUGGGGCGGCUGGGCUGCUAGCUGAGGCUGGGCUGAGCAAUGUGGUUGUGUUUACUGGGAGGGUGGGAGGGCCAGGCCUGUUUUUUUCUUGCCUUCCAGGCUGUGGAGAUAAAGCAGAAAGUAGGGAUGAAGGAUAGAAUGGGUAAUACUCUGAAACCACAAGAGAGAGUCCUGGCUUUCGUCUCUGCCCCUCAGAUACAUGUCUGGGGUGGCUGAGAGAGGGGAGCCACCCGCCCCAGCUCAGAGGACCUUAGAGCCCUCGGUGGGCUCCUCAAUCUUUAUUCCACUUUCCUUCCAUGGUCAGUUCAACCACAGCUUAUCUCCAUCUUCUCACAGCCCUUCCCACCCACACCCACACCCCCAUUUCCCCUUACAAAUAAGCCCAGCAGCCUUCGAGCUGGCUCUUCCUGCCUCCUGUACCAGCCUGGACCACAGAGACCCUGGGCAGGUGACAGGGCCAGGCACGGCAUGCAGGCCCACCUUCCCCUAGCCUCUGGGACCCCUGUUGGCCCUUCAGAAGGGCCUGGCCCAGCCUGGACCCUGGGCACAGACAAACCCUAGAGCAACCGAGUGCCAAACCCUGAGGAUAUAGAGUCACCUGGUCUAAAAAAUAUUGCCACCUUUAUUAUUAUGCUGGGCAGCACACUUUUUCUAACAAAAAUAUGUUUACAAAACUGGAGCUCAGGAUCUCAGGGGUUCAGUCUGUGGAAAUCUGUUUUAUUCUUACCAACAUCUAAUGAAUAAACCAAGAGAGCCUACAGUUUCCAUGGCAUAGCUUUGGCCUGAUCCCAUAGAAGAGAAUCCAAA